AGUGGAAGAGAGAGAGCAGAAAGAGGGAAAGCGAAGGAGUCAGAAAGAAGAAAAAAAGCAAAGGCUCCUGCUAACAUUCCUCCCACAGCCACAGCGAUCCAAAGCCUGGGUGGAGAAGCUUUCCAGGGAGAAAAUAAAGUAUUGUUUUUGUGGGGAAUCAGAAGGCUGCCUGUGAAGGAGAGAGGAAUAAGGAAGCAAGAAAAGGUUUUUCACAGCCUCUCGUGUCCUGCAGGAGAACAUGGACUCUGACUCAGGAGAGCAGAGCGAUGGGGACCUCUCUCCAGGGCAGGAGAACUUCAACUCUCGCUCGUUGGCCCUGCAGGCCCAGAAGAAGAUCGUGAGCAAGAUGGCGACCAUGGUGGUGGCCAACAUGCUGACGGACGACACCAGCAGCCAGAUCCUGGACGAGCUGUACAAGAGCAGCGUGGAGUUCACCAGGAGCAAGAAGGAGGCCCACAAGAUCAUCAAGGACGUGAUCAAGGUGGCCCUGAAGAUGGGCAUCCUGUACCGCAAGCAGCAGUUCAGCCCCGAGGAGCUGGAGACGGUGGAGCGCUUCAAGAAGAAGAUGAACCAGGCCGCCAUGACGGCCGUGUCCUUCUACCAGGUGGACUACACCUUUGACCGGAACAUUCUGUCCCAGCUGCUGCUGGAGUGUCGGGACCUCCUCCACGCCGUGGUCCAGCAGCACCUGAGCGCUCGCUCGCACGCCCGCAUCGACCACGCCUUCAACCACUUCUCUCGCCUGGACUUCCUGGCCCGGCUCUACGGGGACGGAGACGAGUACAGACUCUCUCUGAGGAAGAUCUGUGACGGCAUCAACAAACUGCUGGACGAGGGCACGCUUUAACCUUUCACCUCGGACUUCUCCUUCUUCUCUUUCCUGUCUCCUGCAUCUGUUGCCAUGGAGACAGUCAGCAUCCUGCCGCUGCGGCCAAGAGACUGUUGUCCUCGCAGUUUGUUUGUGUCAUGUUUGAUGAGUGUGUGUGUGUGUGUGUGUGUGUGUGUGUGUGUGUGUGUGUGUGUGUGUGUGUG